GGUCGGGUUGGCGGGGCGGCGGGGAGCCCUCCUCCGGUCCCGGCGGGUCGGCCUGUUUUCCCUCACCUUAUUUCACCUCCUGCAUGCCGCCGCUGCCGGGGGCGCUGUGGAGCGGAGCCCGGGCCGCCCGCCAUGGCCGAGGCAGGAGCGGGAACUGCCGAGGGGGUGGAAGAGGAGCGGCGGGCCACUGAAGAUAACUUCUCAAUAGAUGGCAACUCGUGCAUCUCGUCUGGAGUGCCCAGCCUCACCAACCCGAUAACGAAGCCUGCUGCCACCACGCCUUUCAAUGCUUGCACGGCUGAGACUCCAAGGAAGCGCAAAGGAAGUGAUUCUGAUAACCAGGAUACAGCUGAAGCUGAUGGUGAUCCUCAGAAAAGGAGUGAAGACGAAGAGCAUGUUAAAAUCAAAGAUUUCAGGGAGGCUCACAGUCAAACAGAGAAACGAAGAAGAGACAAGAUGAAUAAUCUGAUAGAGGAGCUGUCUGCUAUGAUACCUCAGUGCAAUCCCGUGGCACGAAAACUGGACAAGCUGACGGUGUUACGGAUGGCUGUGCAGCACUUAAAAUCCUUAAAAGGUUCAACCAGCUCCUACUCAGAGGUCCGGUAUAAACCUUCGUUUUUAAAGGAUGAUGAGCUCCGACAGUUAAUCCUUAGGGCUGCAGAUGGAUUCUUGUUUGUGGUUGGAUGCAACAGAGGAAAAAUUUUGUUUGUCUCGGAAUCAGUUUGUAAAAUACUGAAUUAUGACCAGGCCAGUUUAAUUGGACAAAGUUUGUUUGAUUACUUGCAUCCAAAGGAUGUUGCAAAAGUGAAGGAGCAACUUUCUUCUUCAGAUAUCUCUCCUAGGGAGAAGCUCAUAGAUGGGAAAACUGGCUUGCAAGUCCACACAGAUUUUCAAGCUGGACCAGCUCGACUGAAUUCUGGCGCUCGCCGUUCCUUCUUCUGCCGGAUAAAAUGCAGUAGGAACACGGUCAAAGAAGAAAAGGAGUGCUUGCCCAACCCAAAGAAGAAAGAUCACAGAAAAUACUGUACCAUUCACUGUACUGGGUAUAUGAAGAACUGGCCUCCUAAUGAGGUGGGAGUAGAAGAGGAAAAUGAUGUAGAAAAGGACAGUAGUAACUUUAACUGUCUUGUUGCAAUUGGGAGGUUACACCCUUACAUUGUUCCACAAAAGAGUGGAGAGAUAAAAGUCAAAGCAACAGAAUUUGUUACACGGUUUGCCAUGGAUGGAAAAUUUGUUUAUGUAGAUCAGCGUGCCACAGCAAUUUUAGGGUAUCUGCCACAAGAGCUUCUGGGAACUUCUUGUUAUGAGUACUGCCAUCAAGAUGAUCACAAUCAUCUAGCUGAAAAACAUAAAGAAGUGUUACAGAAUAAAGAAAAAGUCUUUACAGACUCCUACAAAUUUAGAGCAAAGGAUGGGACUUUCAUUACAUUAAAGAGCCAGUGGUUUAGUUUCAUGAAUCCGUGGACCAAAGAACUGGAAUACAUCGUGUCAAACAACACUGUGGUAUUAGGUCAUCAUGAGUCAGCUGAAGCACAGGUCCUCUACAGCUCCCAGCCUGCAGAAGAUGCUGUAAAGCAGCCUUUAGUAAGUGUACCUGGAAUGUCCUCUGGAACAGUUCUUGGUGCUGGAAGUAUAGGAACUGAAAUUGCAAAUGAAAUACUAGAAUUGCAAAGGUUGCAUUCUUCACCGUCUGGGGAGCUAAGUCCAUCACAUCUCCUGAGAAAGUCACCUUCUCCAGCUUUGACUAUAAACUGCAGCAACGUGCCAAAUAAAGAUUUGAUUCAAUUAUGCCCUUUGGAAACAGAAGGCCUAGAGACUUCAGAACAAACCCAGGGUGCUAUUCCAUUUCCCAGUAAUGAACCUCUCCUCAGUGGUAAUUCUCAUCUGGACUUCGAUGCCAUCUGUGAAAAUGAAGACACUGCUAUGACAGCUCUUAUGAAUUACCUGGAGGCUGAUGGAGGCCUUGGGGACCCGGCUGAGCUCAGUGAUAUCCAAUGGGCUCUCUAGGUUUGCUUUCCCUCCAGGAGCAAGACUGCAAAGUCCGUACUGCACAACCACCAUACACCCUCAGUACUGUAUUAUAUUUUUGUAAGAUGUCAUUUGAAUUUGUAUUUACUGUCUACCUAUUUUUAGAGACCGAAACCUUGUUCAGAGAGAGAGAGAGACAUUUUCUGCUGCACCUCUGGGAAAAUGCAAUAUUUUUUUCAUGAUGGGGGAACCUUGAAAUUUUAAUAUGGAACCAUCUGUAACUGGAAUGCUUAAAGCAUAUUCCUCUAUUUUUGCUAAGAAGCUUUAACCAAAAGGUACUAUAUCAUGUACAGCAGUGGGGGUUUUUGUUUGGUUUUCUUAGUUUUCUUCAACUGCUAUUUAUUUGGUGUCACA